AUGACGAAUGCAUACAUUGUCGGUUCUAAGCGCACUGCCUUUGGCGCCUUUGGCGGAAAGUUGAGCAACAUGAUUGCAUCCCAGAUUGGUGGUCAUGCUGCCAAGGCUGCUUUGGCACAGCUCCCUGCCAACACACCCGUAGAUGCGACUAUCUUUGGUCUAGUUACUCACUCGGAUGUGACUGCCCCUUACACCGCUCGUCACGUCGGCCAUUUUGCUGGCGUUCCGAUCAAGUCUCCUGCUGUGACGGUUAACCGCCUUUGCGGUUCUGGUUUUCAGGCCGUGAUCAACGCUACGCAGGAGAUUAAAACCGGUGACUCGAAGAUCGUUUUGACCGGUGGUACCGAAAAUAUGAGCUUGUCGCCUUACACGCUUCAUGGCGUUCGCUUUGGCAAUACUCGCUACGGUGUUGACUUGAAGCUUGUUGACAGCCUUGCAAGCGCUUUGGUCGAUCAAGUCCCUACGCCUACUCCCAUGGGUAUCACCGCUGAGAACCUCGCUGAAAAGUACGGUAUUUCACGCCAGCAGUGUGAUGAAUUUGCUUUGCAGUCACAGCAACGCUGGGGCAAGGCGCAGGAGGCUGGCGUUUUCAAGGAUGAGAUUGCCCCUAUCGAAGUGAAAGUUAAGAGGGCUACCGAGCAGUUCGAGGUAGAUCAGCACUCGCGACCUCAGACCACUCCCGAGAUGCUUGCCAAGCUUCCUUCUGUGUUCAAGAAGGAUGGCGUUGUGACUGCUGGCAACGCUUCUGGUAUCUGUGAUGGUGCUGCUGCCAACGUAAUUGCAAGCGAAGAUGCCGUCCGGGAGCACAACCUGAAGCCCCUUGCUCGUAUUGUGAGCUGGGGCGUUACUGGCUGUGAGCCGUCGCUCAUGGGUAUUGGCCCUGUGGAUGCGUCGAGGCUUGCGCUCAAGCGCGCCGGGCUGAACAUUGGCGAUAUCGAUAUCUUUGAUGUGAACGAGGCGUUCGCUGCUCAGUUCCUUGCUGUGCAGAAGGAGCUCGAGCUCCCCAACGACAAAACGAACAUGAACGGCGGUGCUAUUGCGCUUGGUCAUCCUCUCGCAGCCAGUGGCGCUAGGAUUCUCUCGGACCUGACCUACAGCUUGCACCGUCUCAACAAAAAGUACGCGCUUGGUGCGGCCUGCAUUGGCGGUGGUCAAGGGAUUGCCGUCAUCCUUGAGCGUGUCUAA